AUGGGCGCCAUGGACGCCCUCAAUAGCGACAUCCUCCUCCUGGUCGGGGACUACCUUGACUCCCACAACGACCGUUACAAUGCCACCUUCGUCAACCGCCGCUUCAACGGUCUCUUCCCUCGCUCUCUCUACCGCUCAGCGGCGUUGAAGAACCGCUCGCAGGUGCAGUCCUUCUUAAAGGCAAUCUUGCUGCGACCGGACCUUGCCGGCGUCGUCCGGUCUCUAGACUUCAGCGACUGGCAGUUCCAGCAAGGUCAUGACCUCACCGAGCCCGAACUUUCCUUAUUCAUCGCAUGGGCCGCUGCCAUCGCCCAUUCAGAGGCAGAGUCCUCCCAAUGGGAGAAAGAUCUCCGCUCCGGCGUAGACGAGGCCUGGCUCGCGCUUCUACUUUCGUCAGUGCACAACGUCAGACAGCUCAAGCUGGUCUACCCAUCACUACCGACAGAGCCGCGCGGGUAUCCCUAUCUGGACCGCGUGUUCGAGCGGGCUACGGCGCGCCAGAAGCCGUUUGAUGCCAGCCCGGGGUUUCACCGGCUAGGGGAGGUGUCGCUUCGACAGGUCACUGGGCCUGAUGAUGACCAGGGGACGUUCUCCCCGUCGCAGGUUAUGCCGUUUCUGCAGAUGCCGUUACUCCAGACGCUGGCUGUGGAUUCGCUGAUUGAGUAUCGGCCUGAUGCCGACAGCGAAGAACAAGCCGGGGAUGAAACGGCCGAGCAGAAGCCAGAGAAAGAAGACAGCAAAGAAGACAGCAAAAAAGACAGUAAAGAAGACAGCAAUGUACGAUCAUACGUCUCGGAAAUCACACUCACAGCCAGCAAUGGCGCCCGGGGUAUGGACGAGCUGAUUGCGUUCUGCCCGUCGCUCAAAUCGCUCAAGUAUCAGCACUCGGACGCCCGGCUGCUGGCCGAUGGAUUCCAGCCCUCUGCGUUCAACCAGUCGCUGUCUCGCAACAAGAACACGCUCGAGACAAUCUGGCUCGAUAACCUGGGCGAACACCUCCCGUUUACAAUCAACGGGCUCAACGAAUCCCACGACGAGUGGUUCGGGUCCUUUGCGGACUUUACCGUCCUCAAGGACCUGCGCAUCCGCCUGCCCAACCUCCUCGACGUGCAGUACCAGAUGGAGCCGUCACUACCGCUGACGGAGGUCUUGCCCUCGUCGAUCGAGUCGCUCUACAUCGAGGGUUGCAAGGAGCACUCGCUGUCCAUGCUCACCCGGCAGGUGAAGGCCGUGCUGGAGGCGCGCAAGACGCGGUUCAAGGCACUGCAGUGUCUGCACAUCGAGGGGGUCUUCCACGACGACGACGAAGACGCCGACACGUCUGGCGACGGCGGCGGCACUGGGGGUGGGCGAGUAAUUAAACCGCGUGUUUAUGAGAUGGUGGAGCCUUUGCAGGAGGACUGUGCAGCGGCCGGUGUGCAGCUGUUCCUGCGCGACCGCAUGUGCUUGCAGACGAUGGACUGA